AUGCGUGGCUCAGUUGCUGUGUUGUUGUUGUGCCUGGCUCGAGGCGCGGAUGUGGACUGCACGGGUGUGAUUCCGUGGGAUGAGACGUUGUCUGGGAACGGUCCGUGGAAGGUGCACAAGGACGGAGUGUUAUACACAUCUGAGACGUGGGUGGAUCCGACAAAUGUGCCUGGUGCGGAUUCGGCAGGGUGGUCGCCCUGGACGGCAGUGGGAACAUGUAUAGCUGGAACGGCGGGGGACGGGAGCGAGGCGGCUGGUACGGAGGACUGUACUGGGGUGGCGGCUUGGUCGGGUGCGACGACGUAUGCGGACCCUGGUCAGAAGGUGCACUCGGAUCACUACUUAUUCCAGAACAAGUGGAACGUGGUUGCGGACAAACCGGACCCUAAGGACCGCCAAUCGGCCUGGGAGCUGUUGGGGAAGUGCGUUGACGGCACGGAUUCAACAACAACUCCCGACGACGGCGGUGGCGAUGCCACCGAUUACCCUGACGACAUGUGGGAGCAAACGUGUGUGUGCUGCCAAGGCUGUUCCAGCAUAGAAAACGGACAGGUCAUCUGCACGGACUUCGCCCAGGACAAGUGCUACACACACUGGUGCGGUGACAGCGCAAGCUUUGACGCGGAAACUUGCGAAACGCUUAAGAACAACGGCACGUUUCAGCGAUGGCUCGGUACCAUGAGUGAUGAACAACAGUGCUGGCCCGAACAGUUCUAUGCACCCUACUUUGACGCCGGCCUCUAUGGCUGGCCGCCUCUGGUGGAGAUCGCGAAGACAUAUGGCGUCAAUCAUUUUGUCGUAGCCUUCAUCACGAGUGCGCAAAAGGGUACUGUGCUUUACAACGGCACAUGCCAAGGCGGUUUUGCGGGAGUCAUGCCAGUGUCGGCGGGACCAACCUACGAGAGUGAGGGCAGCUUCUACCAUCUGUACGAUGAGUUGAAUGAGCUGCGUAAGAUGGGUGGUGAUUUCGUUGUUUCUUUUGGCGGCGCAAUGGGCCUUGAACUGGCGGACUCUCCGGAGUGCCAGAAUGGCGAUCCGGUGGCGAACCUGGCUAAGGAGUACGGACGGAUUCUUGACCAGCUUAAUAGUCAUCGUAUCGAUUUUGACAUUGAGGGCAACGCGAUCGGACUGGUGCAGAAAGACCUUGGGUGGACUUACAGGUUCGAAGCCGUUAAGCGCAUGAAGGAGGAGCGCAAUGGCAAGUUACAGGUGAUUUGGACGUUGCCCGUCGCUCCGGACGGGCUUGCGAUUCAAGGCACCGACUUCAUCGACCUAAUGAUGAAGCUGGACGCACCCUUCGAUCUCAUCAACGUCAUGAACAUGGACUACGGGCCCUGCGAUGUUGCGUGUCCCGCCGAUCAAUUCGGCGCCUGUGAACGCAACGCCAUCAAGGGUCUCGCUCAACAGAUGUUUGAUGCAGCGCAGACUAACAACCGUCUGGAACAAUACGGCUGGACUAAAGUGGAAGACACCUACAAGGUCCUCGCUUCCACACCCAUGAUCGGACUUAACGAUCAACCCUGCCUCACCUACAAAUUCGCAGACGCAGAACAAAACGUCUCCUACUUCAAAAAUGAAAUGCCGAUCCGCAUGCUUAGCAUGUGGUCCCUCACUCGCGACUCACCCUGCUCCUUCACAUACGCCGACUCCAACUGUAGCUCCUACACUGAGCAAACUGACAAACUCCAGUUCGUUGAGCGCUUCGCCAAAUUCCAGAGCACCUGA